AUGGUGGGAGAGCAACACCUUCCGUUCGUCCUCUACGCGGUAUGCACUGCUGUGCAUCUUGCUCAAGGAAGUCAAGGUACCAUGAAGUAUUUGCUUAUUGAAAUAUUUUAAUAAUAUGCUUUUGAAUGCUGAUAUUUGACGGUCAUUUUCUANUCUUGCUCAAGGAAGUCAAGGUACCAUGAAGUAUUUGCUUAUUGAAAUAUUUUAAUAAUAUGCUUUUGAAUGCUGAUAUUUGACGGUCAUUUUCUACGGUAAAAUUCAUGAAAGAUUCAUUUCAAGAAAGAACGCGGGAAUCGGGGGUGGGGCGCGCAAGGAAAGCGCAAGAUACUGAACUAUGUUCAAGGCCAUUGCGUAGAAGGCGUUUUGAAAUUAUUAAGAAAAUGUUGCAGCCACCGUAAAUAGCCCAGAGGCAACGGGAGCUUACUUUUACUAAGACACUUUUCUUCUCUUAUAGCAAUCAGUUUCAAAGCUGGAAAAACCAACAUCACUGUCAAAAGUCCAGGGUUGUUCGCUUGUGAGACGAUCACAUUUGCUGAAUCGUUCUCUGGUGGAAAGCAAGUAAAAGUCUUUGCUUCCUUUGGUCACUCAGUUAACAACCAGGCCCUUGGUAAUGGUGCUGCUACUUGGGUGGAAUCGGCAGAUAGAACUCAAUUCCGCGCUUGUAUCUACGAGUACAGCGACGGCUCAAAUUCAACCGCUGAGAUAAACUGGAUUGCCCUUCAAUCUGCUCCCAAAGGAGUACAACUAGGAACCACUUCCCUGGACUCUUGGACUACCAGAACAGAAUGUAAAAAGAUCGACUUUCCUCAGGUACGUUCCAUUUUGCUAUGA